AUGGACACAGUACAGUCCUUCAAGGGCUACGGCAAAGUGGACGAGAUCGAGGAAUCCAAUUUCCGGCGAAAAACCCGGCGGCGCUUGAUCAUACUAUCUGUCUCCCUCGUCCUCCUGGCGGCCCUGAUCGUCGCCGUAGUCACCGGAGUCGUGAUCCACAACCGGAAAUCCGGCCACUCCGGCGGGAUCCCGACCACCCCGGCAGCGGCGAUCCGAACCGUGUGCGGCGUCACUCAGUACCCGGACGCGUGCGCCGCCAGCCUUUCCGGAGCCAACUCGUCAGAUCCGGCGAAGAUCUUCCGAUUCUCGCUGACGGUUGCCGCCGACGCGCUGAGGAGGGCGUCGACGCUCCCGGGCGCGUACGCCGCGAACUCGUCGGAUCCGCUCAUCCCGUUCGGCGGCCGACGCCGCCUAAUGGCGGAGGAGGCGGAGGCGGAUUUUCCGGCGUGGGUGGGGGAGGAGGAGCGGAGGAUGCUGGCGGCGGCAAGGCCGCCGCGGCCGAACGUGACGGUGGCGAGGGAUGGAACCGGAGACGUGAGGACGGUGAAAGAGGCGGUGGAGAGGAUUCCGAAGAAGAGCAAAUCAAGAUUCGUAAUAUAUGUGAAGGCUGGCAAGUAUGUGGAAAACGUGGUGAUCGACAAGCACCACUGGUACGUGACAAUGUACGGCGACGGGAAGGAUGCCACCAUCAUCUCCGGCAGCAAGAAUUUCAUCGACGGCACUCCAACCUUCUCCACGGCCACCUUCGCCGUGACAGGAAAAGGCUUCAUCGCCCGAGACAUGAAAUUCGAAAACACUGCUGGCGCCGCCAAGCACCAGGCCGUGGCCCUUCGAUCCGGGUCGGACCUAUCCGUUUUCCACCGGUGCACGUUCGACGCUUUUCAAGACACGCUCUACGCACACUCUAACCGUCAGUUCUACCGCGAAUGUGACAUCACCGGAACAAUCGACUUCGUGUUCGGAAAUGCGGCCGUCGUUUUCCAAAGCUGCCGGAUCAUGCCACGUCAGCCGCUGGCCAACCAGUUCGUGACCAUCACGGCCCAGGGUAAAAAGGACCCGAACCAGAACACGGGGAUAUCCAUCGACAAGUGCGUGUUGAGCCCAUUUGACAGGCUCACGGCCCAGACUUAUUUGGGCCGGCCCUGGAAAGACUUCUCCACAACGGUCAUUAUGAGGAGUAGCAUCGGCUCGUUUUUGAAUCCAUUUGGCUGGAUUUCGUGGGUACAGAAUGUGGAUCCGCCAAACACGAUUUACUACGCGGAAUAUCAGAAUAGUGGGCCUGGGGCGAGGACGGAUAAGAGGGUGAAGUGGGCGGGGUAUAAGCCCACUUUGACGACGGCCCAGGCUGCGAGGUUUAAUGUGGAGUCCUUUAUUCAGGCCUCGUCGUUUUUGCCGGCGGCAAAUGUGGCUUAUGAGCGUAAUUGA